UCUAGUUUGAGAGUAGAAUUAAAUAGUUAUUGUGUUGUGAAUUUUCUCUUUACAUAUUUAGGGAGGGAUUGGAUAAAUAUGUGGACGUGCGAAGAUUCGUCAGUCCACACAAUUUAGAUUAUUUUAAAUUUCGAAAAAGCAAGAUUAAGAAAGGCCUGUUAAAGCAGUUCGAACCCUCGACCGGUGCUUUCGAAGGUUUGGACAUUUUUGAAAAUAACAUCAAGCCUGCUUAUAAACAAGUUUUGAUGAAGGUUCGACCAAUCUGUCAGACGGCCUGCCAGCGUUUUAACAGUGAGAGAUUGGUCGAAGAUGUGGAGGAUGAAGGAGUAAACAAUAGAGAGAGUGCGGUUCCUCCACGAAACACCAAAGCAAACGAAGACCCGGCAGAGCACGAAGAUUGCGUGCAAGAUAAUCCUGGCCAUUACAGCACCCGUGAAUAUCGGGAUAGAAAUACAUUGACGAAAGUCGGGUCAUUCUUUAAGAGCAUAUGGAAACCCGUUAAGAGAUCCGUGCAGAAGGUGUGUAAAAUGGCAAAAAGUGGUGAAUGCGAGUACGUUCGGUUCGAGUAAGGAUCUCUUUGCUUCCAUCUAUCCAUCGGGAAUAAGAUCUGCUCUAUGAUUUGCUAUAAAUUAUUUGCUGGAUUUGGGCCUAGUUGUCUAAUUAUAUGGUUUUUUUCUGAAAAUCAUUGAUGACUCGAAUUCUACUCCUAAUUUUCACAUCCCGAUUGCGUCAAUGCCAAUUUCGAUUAUAACUUCCUAAUUUUGACUUUGUCCUGGCUGUGUCUCAUUAUUAUCUUUUACUGAAUUAGCAUUCUUUCAAAUUGGUAUAAACGAAUUUGGACGUUCCCGAAUUACGUCUACCCCGAAUUUGACUACUGAAUUAUGUCUUCACUCGAAUUUGGACUCUUCCGGCUUGUGUCUGUACUCAAAUUUGACUCUUAAUUUGUGUCAUCCCUGGAACUUGGACUCUCCGGAAUGAACGAC